AGACACAUGUUUGUAUGCUUCAUUGCUUGUGUGUGGGGAUAUAAAUCUUUGUACCCAGGUUCAAAGUACAAAAGUGGACUUUUAUUUGGGAUAUUUUGUGCUAACUACUUCCUUCUUUAUAAAUCACUGCAGCACUUCCUCAUUCUCAGAGUCGAAAAUGCACUCGACUGAAGGAAAAGGGGGGAGAAUAUCUUAUCAGUGCAGGUUUAUAGAUCAAUAAUCAUAUGAGGGAAGACUCGAGGAGAAUUUAUUAGUGCUUUCAGAGUUGAGCGAAGAAACAACAAGGAACAAAACCUUCUCAGGACCCAGCUGAACUGUUUAUUCAACGUCAAUGACUUCACUGCUGGACAAACAGAAGUGAAGCGAACCAAAGCUGAACCAAACCAAGCCAGAAGAAACACACAGACUUGACCGAGUGUUGGAAGAUGUCUGUGCACCCCAGAGUCGUCUACAAGAGGAGGGAGACUAUCACAGCUCUACCACUCUAUUACUCUGGAGACCUGCUGAAGAAACAAAGCAAAGAGAAGGAUUUUAAGAAAUACUAUGGAGAGCUGCGGGGAGCCACACUCUUUCUGUACAAGGAUGACACACAGGAUACGUACACAGAGAAGCUGGACCUUGAGCAGCUGAAGUCCAUGGAGUUAGAUUCUCCAAAUCAGAGGAAGUCAGCAACUAUCUUCAAUCUCACGCUGCACACAGACGAUGUGCAGCUAAAGCUGGACAAUCCUGACACAGGAGAGGAGUGGAAGGGUUACAUCCUGACUGUAAUCAAAAAAGAGAUUCCCAAUAAGAUGCAGCUGCUGCCUGGCCAGCUGUUGCAGCUGCAGGAGGUUCUGGCUCAGGAGAAGAGAAGAAAUCCCCCCACGCCACGGCCACCCCUCCCACCCCGACCGUCUUUCCUAGCCUCACCCUCAGCCUCAGCCUCACCUUCCCCUCCUAAAGCCAACCCUGAGGUUCCUGCGUGUUUCUUCAAUGUGAAUCGGCAGGAGGCCGAGCGGAUGUUGGAAGCAAAUCCUGAGUAUGGAAGCAUGAUCCUCCGCCCGUCCACCCUGGCCAACAACUACGCCCUGACACUCAGACAACUGAUGCCCAGUGGGCCCGUCAUGAAGAACUACAGAGUGACCUCCAUAAACACUGGGUUCGUCAUUGAACUGGACACAGCAGUGACGGUGUCCUCCUUGAACGAUGUACUUAAAUACUUCAUUGAAAAGACAGAGUACCGUCUUCAUCCCUACAUGUCGUCCCAGCCCUACGACACUUGCAUCGACGCGUCACCUGCUCCAAAGUGCAUCAGCAUCACCUCACCUACACCUAAAACAGUACCCAAGGCACAAGUGGCACCUAUGCUGCGGUCAAAAACCAAAGACGAGCUCCUGCCCCCUCCAACCAAGCCAGAGGAGAGCGAAUAUGUCGUUCCUGACGCUCAUGAUGAUCACCAACUAAAGCUAGGACAAUUGGACGGAGAGCUUCGUGAAGUUUUAAAAUUACGGAGGGAAAUCAUCUACUCUGCAGCUGACGAGGACGAAGCCUAUGAGAAUCAAACCAGUAAAAAAUCCCACUCAAGCGCAGCACAGUGGGCCACAAAGACUGCAGAGUGAGGGGGCGACUGUGCUUUAGGAUGAGGCGUGAUUGAUAAGUCGUGUGUCCUUGGGUUCUCAGUCCAAUCAGGUUAGAGGCAUAGGAAUGCAUGUCCUCCUCAGGUCCACAUCUCAUCCAAACAUGGUCACUUCUGGCUCCAAAAAACCAAGAUGAGGCCUCAAAACGGUGGUGACAUCAUGGUGGAUUUAAACUUACUCUAAACACAAUAUCAGCAGAGGCUGAUGGGAAAGUCAUUACAUUAUGUUUGGUCAGACCAACACUCUGGACAAUAUAAACAUUUGACCCUGAUGAUGGAUGAAAAGUGAUCAAAACACUUACAGUUCAUCCUUUGGGGGGCGUGAAUGUCAGAACUAAAUGUCUUGGCAAACCAUCCAAUAGUUGUCAAGAUAAUACAAUAAAAAAAACAUACAUUUCAACAUCAUGGCGGCACUAAACUCACCAAAGUGAUGGACAGACGUACCUUAAAGACAAUUUUUAUAAUCCAACUUGGCUGCAUUAACAGAAAAUAAGCAAUUAAUUAAAAGAAAGGUGAAAAUUAUCCAUUUGUCAGUGAAAAUUUGUAAAAGAUUGAAUACAUUGUCUCAUGGCCAGUCUUGCUGAAACCCUUUCCAUUUGGAUGUACAACAGUUUCACAUUACACUGUAACAUUAAAGGUCCAGUGUGUUCAAAAGUUUAAUGUAAUAUUCAUUAAUAUGUUUUCAUUAGUGUAUAAUCACCUGAAUAUAAGAAUUGUUGUAUUUUCGUUACCUUAGAAUGAGCCAUUUUUAUCUACAGAGGGAGCGGGUCUUCCUCUAUGGAGUCUGCCAUGUUGAACUGCCAUGUUUCUACAGUAGCCCAGAAUGGACAAACCAAACACCUUAGGUCUUCCUUUGCACUUCGAGUCACAGGGUUUCAAAUGGUUGCAAUCUGCAACUUUACCACUAGAUGCCACUAAAUCCUACAAACUGGCCCUUUAACACAUAAUAUUAUUCUAGAUAUAUUAUCUUCUUCAUGAGAGGUUGUUUACAAAUCACUGCAUUAAGCUGUAAGUUUAAUCCUACAAAAGUUAGAAAACGUUUGUGUCUAAAUGAGGAAAAUAAAUGCUGAAGAGCUCUUAGAUACAACUUUAUGACACAGGUUUUAAAUAUAAUUUCAACUUUGUGUGGAACUAAUGAGUAUUUUCUCAUCGAUCAGUCUAUGGCGGUAUUGAAAAACAUCCAUCCAGAAUCCAUCACAAUUGCCCAAAGACCAAAGUGUCGCUUUCAAAUAGCCAUUAUCUCAACUUAAUUUAUCUCAACUUUUUCUCAGAAAACAAAAGGCAGAUUUCUCCAGAUCAGUAAUGACUUCUUUUCUCAGGAUCACAGGAUGUUUAUAGAAAACUUGAAAAUGAGUGUCUGGUUCAUUAAUCACUCAAGAUCAUGGUGAUGUUGGAGAGGAUUCAUACCUGAACUGAAAACAGUUCAUUUAAGCUAUUACUGGUAAUUUCCUGGUAAUGUGAUGCAAUUCUGACAAAAGAUUUAUUAAAUGAGCUCAAAGAUCCCUGCAAAUGUCCAGGUUCUCUUUAUGCAUUUUUCAUAGUUGCUAGCUCAUUUUAGUCAGUAUGAAAAUGAAUAUUAGCGGGCAAGUUGCUCAUCAUUCCUCAACGCAUUGUCCAUUAUGUUAAACCAAUGCUACAUCAAUAAUACGCCAUCUAUGCAUGCUGACAUGGCUCUAUUGAUCUCUGAUAAACAUUAGAAGCAAUGAGGAAACAAGCUUUUGUUUACUUGUGAUAAUGGGUUAAGUAUCUCGUCUCGAGAUAAGAAAGCUCAUUUUCGUGAGAUAACAACCGAUAACACCGUUAAAUGGAUGUUUAUUGUCUCAGAUGCUCAGGUGCUUUCUAUUUCUAUUUCUGCUCAUAAAUUGUGGUUUAAAAAGUGAAACUGCACAAGCUAAUUACUGUACAGGUCAAAAUCAUUGUCCAUUUUUGAUACGAAAGAAUUAUCAAAGUGUAAAAUACAAAGCUACACAUACAUGGCAGUCUUACGUUUGUUCCUUUGUUCAAAAGCAUUUAAUAGAAAACGUUACUAUAAUCCAGGAUGAUCAUUAUUCUUUAUUUUUCACACAUAGGAGUAAGCCAACAUAAAUGUUUCAAAUGUUAUAAUCAUGUUUUUAGUUUUAUUUUAAAUAUUUUUAAUAAUUUUAAGUUAUUCCAUUAAGAUUGUAUUUUCAUAUUUUUCAUCAUUAUCAUGGAUCAUGUUAUAGGUUUAAAGUUUAAGGAUCAUUCAUCACUCAAUAAAAGACAGCAACACUGUGAAAAAUAUUCAAUAAAAAAAAAGAACAAAGA